AUGAAUCUUUGCCUCGUUAAACUACUUAGUUGUAAAAAGGUAACUAGGCAAAGACUGUACAAGUUCUGCGAUGAGCAAAAUUAUCUAAUCAAUUUGACUCGUACUUACAUUUACGACUACUUAGAAUCCAAGUUAACGAAUAAGAAAAAAGAAUAUAAUGAAAACAUAAAUAAAUAUGUAGGAAAAAUAGCUAAUCAUUUAAAAAUUAAUAAAGAAAAUUCAAACAUUAUAUUUUCUUUACAAAAAAUUUUGGACAUAUUUUUUUUUAAUUAUUUCGAAUUUAAUUAUAAGUCUAAGUUAAUUUUUUUGUAUACCAUACUGAAUACAAAGAAUGGGGAAAAGGAUGGAAGUUCCUUAAGUGAAAGAAUAAUACAGGAAAAAAAAAAAUAUAUUUUAAAGAAUUUAUGUAAAAUAUUAUUGCAAUAUGACAUAUACUAUGUAAAUGAAAUACGACAAAAAUAUAUAACCAAAUUCAUACAAAUAGAGAAAGAUAAUAAAAAAGACUAUUUUUUUUUUCAAAAAAAAGAAAUUUUCCAUAGUUACUCACUUGUUCCAUUUAAUAAAAAAACAUUUAUGUACGAUUUAGUAAACAAUGCACAAAAUUUAAAGGAUCUCUCUAUUCUUAUUUAUAUUUUAAGAAAUAUAUUUACUAUAUAUAAAAUUCAGUACAGUAAAUUAUUGGACAAGGUGUUAAGAAAAUUCUAUUUAUAUUUUAAAGAAUUAUCAUUGGUAUUAGAACAUAGUAAUAGGGAUCACUUGUAUAAUUACUCAUUAUUACCACUCAAAGAUCAAAAUAAAAUAGAGCAAACUCAGAAUAUAAAAACCAGAGAUAUUAUUUAUUCUUUUUACCAACUUACAUAUAUUAACAAUAAUAAGAAAUAUCAAUUUCUUUUCUUGAAAAUACUUGCGAUAGUUAAUAAAUAUUACAUGCACAUUCAUAUAAAAAGUGAAGACCAAAGUCAAGCUGCUACAAAUGCAACGGAUGUAGUUACUGUAAGUCGUACCCAAAAUGUUUUGAAAAACCUAUUCUUGGUGAAUAAAGACAUUGAACAGUUAUUUUUUUUACUGAAUAAGAACUGCUAUUUCAAAUACUAUUUUGUUCCUCUCUUGGUUACGCAUUUUUAUUUGAAACUAUUUUCACUGGAUUCCUGUAUUAUUUAUUUCCAUAAAUUAUUUAAAAAAAAUUAUAAAAAGAAUUAUAUGUUAUUUCCAGUGGAUUUGUGUCCUGUUACUAUUUUAUCAUAUGUCGAAACGUUAAAAAAAAAAGACGUAAAAAAUUACUUUCACACCUUUUAUCAAAUAUUAUGCAUUAAAUAUUUGUUGAAGAAAAAAAAAACAACUUGUGAAAUAUUCAACUACGUAUAUAAUAACUACUUAUUAAAUAACAAAUUUGGUUAUGUUAACUUUUCUAUAUUUUACAAAAAUAUUAUAAAUAAAAUAAUUACCUGUUCUUUUAAUCUUUACUUAUCCAAAUACUACAAGCACAAGGGAACACAUAAUAGUAAAUGUACAAAAAUAGAUAUGCCAAGUUCAUUUUUUAAAUAUGAAGAAAAUUAUAUUUAUCAUUUUUCAAAAUGUAAGUUUUUUUACCUAAUUUAUCUUAAAAGAAUAAUUAAAAAAAGAAGGGAAAUAAAUCAAAAAAAAAAGAAAAGGAGAUUAAUUAAAAAAUUGCAGCAGAAGAAACGUACACAAAAAACAGAAUAA